GAUAUAAUGUGUAUAUUGUGUGUGAUGACAGAUACAGGCUGAUUGAAGUUUGUGUUUACAUAUGAGUUACAUCUCAGAGUGUGUGUGUGUGUGUGUGUGUGUGUCAGUAAGUGAUGACAUAAUGGAUUCAUUGAUUAGUAAUGUCUGUCUGUGGUGCAGCACAUCAGCAGCGCUCCCGCUCCAGUGUGUGCAGGAUCCGCUCCGUGUUUCCUCCCCUCCCCUCUGUUGUGGCCGGUCUGUGUGUGUGUGUGUGUGUGUGUGUGUGUGUGUGUGUGUGUGUGUGUGUGGAGCAGAGUGUGUUCAGAGUGCAGGCGGAGGAGGCAGCGGGACCGCGGCUGCUGAGCCUUGUGUCUGUGUCAGGGCUACAGCCGGAGCAGAGGAGCAGCGGAGCAGCGGAGGUUCGGCUCCGAGUCUCCGGGUCUGAACCCAGGAUCAUUAGGAGCACAAUAAGAGCCGGGCUGAGGUGAAGCAGCUCUGCUGGUUCUGGAUCCUCUGCGCGCUGCUCAGCGCUGCGCUGCGGGGGAUGUGCGCACACAAUGGGAGCCGACGCACUGGUGGCACGGUCCGGGACGCGGCGGUAGGAUAACAUUUAUUUAUGUGUUUGUUUGGGAAUGGUACCGGAGCAGGAUCCAGAGCUGGCAGGACUUCCUCUGCCCGGAUAGAAGAGUGUUUUUCCACGCCGGGGGUCGCCGCGGUGUUCCGGACAGAGAGCCCGGGGGAAGAGCGGCCGGGGAGGACGCGCCUGGUUGUUGCGUUUGUUGCCAGUUUGAAUUCCGCUGGGGUGAAGGCGGAAUGUAUUUCCUGCGCUGUGUGCACAUCUGGAUGAAGGGAGAGUCGGUUAUUGCCCCGGAGCGAUUUUACUUUCAAGACGUUUAGAGAAGUUGCGUGGAUUUUAACCCAAACGUCCUCAGAGCAGCGGGACCUCAGGGAUGUACCUGCUGGACAGCAGCUGCACUGACAGGAUGGAGAGGGGAACGCCGCAGAGGAAAACCGUCUACCGGAUCUCCCUCACCUUGGUGAAGAGGGAGAGUUUAGAUGAUGAUGAUGAUGAUGAGGGGUUGGGCCCCAGGCGGGCGGAGAACCCAAAGGUGGGCGCUUUCAGGCGGGAGGGCUCGGUGGAGAUCCAGCGCAGCGGCCUGCUGGAGCAGCUGAAGGAGGUGGAGGACGAGUCUGAAGACUUCUCCUCGUCUCACGGCUACAUGAGGAACUUCAGGACGUUCAGCACGGGUCAGCUGGAGCUGGGGCGGCUGAAGCUCGCCAGGAAGCUCCACCUGCAGAAGGAGCUGAAGGAGAAGGCCGCCAGCCCGGUGGCGGAGAACAUGCCAAGUCCGGGCGGGGAGCAGCAGGAAGCGGAGGAUUCACAGAGACUUAAAGAGGAUGUUCGCACUGAAGCUCCACAAACAGACGCCAGUGUGGAGAACGGCGGCGUGGAGGAGAAGAAGAAGAGGCUCCUGAAGGCGAGGAGCUUCGAGGAGAGGAGCUCCGACUCACCUCUGAACCCUGAGGGGAAAAUGUCGCACUCCAAAAGCAAUGGGAAAACAGCCAAAGCUGCGUCCCUGGAGACCCCCCCUCUGAAGCGUCCGCCCGGCCUGCUGCGCCGCAGCUUCAGCUUCAGACACUGGAGCGGCGGCGAGCUGCUGCGUCUGAGGGCGCUGUCCAAAGACAAACACCACAGCAGCUCUGGCUGCAUCGGCCGCGACGCCGCGCCGGACGGUGGCGAGAAGGAUGCACAGGCCGCUGUUGAGCCCCCAGCCCCCCGCCUGGACCCCACCAGGCAGAAGAGCAGGACCCUGGAGGUCGGCGCCGUCCUGAACAAGACGGACUCCAUGUCAGAGCUGAGCCGCUGGGAGAGGGCGCGAGGCAACAAGAACAGGACGCUCGACAACAGCGACCUGGUGCGACUGGCGGCCGAGAAGGACGCGUCAGGAGGGGGCUUCCUGCUGAGGGGAGGGGGAGGGCGCUCUAGUGAGAGGCGUCUGGUGCGCUUCUUCAGUGGGAUCUUCAGGAGGGACGGAGCGUCCACCUCCACCCCGGUGGGCAGCCCCAGCACCAACCGGUCCCUGCGGCGGAGCAAGAGGGCAGCGCUGUCCCAGUCCAGCACGGAGAGCAUGAACGGAGGAAGCACUGAAGAUGCGUUUGUGAACAGUCAGGAGUGGACGCUGAGUCGAACGGUACCAGAACUGAAAGUGGGCAUUGUGGGUAACCUGGCCAGCGGUAAGUCAGCGCUGGUCCACAGGUACCUGACGGGAACGUACGUCCAGGAAGAGUCACCUGAAGGCGGCCGCUUCAAGAAGGAGAUCGUGGUGGACGGUCAGAGUCACCUGCUGCUCAUCAGAGACGAAGGAGGCCCCCCGGAGGCUCAGUUUGCGCUGUGGGUGGACGCCGUGAUCUUCGUCUUCAGUCUGGAGGACGAGAUCAGCUUCCAGACAGUCUAUCACUACUUCAGCCGCCUCGCCAACUACAGGAACGCCGCCGACCUGCCGCUGGUCCUGGUCGGCACGCAAGACGCCAUCAGCUCAGCCAACCCGAGAGUGAUCGACGACAGCCGAGCCAGGAAACUCUCCAACGACCUCAAACGCUGCACCUACUACGAAACCUGCGCCACCUACGGCCUCAACGUGGAGCGAGUCUUCCAGGACGUCGCCCAGAAGAUCGUGGCCACCAGGAAGAAGCAGCAGCUGUCCAUCGGGCCGUGCAAGUCGCUGCCCAACUCCCCGAGUCACUCGUCUGUCUGCGCCACACAAGUGUCCGCCGUCCACAUCAGCCAGACGAGUAACGGCGGCGGCAGUCUGAGCGACUACUCGUCGUCGGUGCCGUCCACGCCCAGCACCAGCCAGAAGGAGCUGCGCAUCGACGUGCCGCAGACCACCAACACGCCCACGCCCGUCAGGAAGCAGUCCAAGCGCCGCUCCAACCUCUUCACCUCGAGGAAGGCGAGCGAGCCGGACAAGGACAAGAAAGGCCUGGAGGCUCGGGCCGACAGCAUCGGCAGCGGGCGAGCCAUCCCCAUCAAACAGGGCAUGCUGCUGAAGAGGAGCGGUAAAUCCCUCAACAAGGAGUGGAAGAAGAAGUAUGUGACGCUGUGUGACAACGGACUGCUCACCUACCACCCGAGUCUGCAUGACUACAUGCAGAAUGUCCACGGUAAGGAGAUCGACCUGCUGAGGACCACGGUCAAGGUGCCGGGGAAGAGGCCGCCCCGCGCCGUGUCCACCUGCGCCGCCGUCCCGAGCCCCAAAACCAACGGUCUGACGAAGGACAUGAGCAGCAUGCAGCUGGGACAGACUCCAGGUGAGAGAGGUUCGGUGACCAGCAGCUCGUCGGUGUCUCAGAUGGCGAGCGGCGUCAGCUUGGUGUCCUUCAACAGUCGCGGCCUGGAGGGGAUGCACCAGCGCUCGUACUCCGUCUCCAGCGCCGACCAGUGGACCGAUGCCACUGUCAUCGCCAACUCCGGAGUCAGCACAGAUACAGGCCUGGGAGACUCAGUCUGUUCCAGUCCCAGUAUCUCCAGUACCACCAGUCCCAAGAUGGAGCCGCCACCGUCGCCGCACGCCAACCGCAAGAAGCACCGCAGGAAGAAGAGCACCAGCAACUUCAAAGCCGACGGCCUCUCUGGUACUGCGGAAGAACAAGAGGAGAACUUUGAGUUCACCAUCGUGUCGCUGACGGGCCAGACGUGGCACUUCGAGGCCACUUCGUACGAGGAACGCGACGCCUGGGUUCAGGUCAUCGAGAGCCAGAUCCUGGCCAGCCUGCAGUCCUGCGAGAGCAGCAAGAACAAGUCUCGUCUGACGAGUCAGACGGAGGCCAUGGCUCUGCAGUCCAUCAGAAGUAUCCGAGGAAACAGUCGCUGUGCCGACUGUGAAGCCCAGAACCCGGACUGGGCGAGUCUGAACCUCGGGGCCCUGAUCUGCAUCGAGUGCUCGGGUAUCCACAGGAACCUGGGGACACACCUGUCCAGGGUCCGCUCUCUGGACCUGGACGAGUGGCCGCUGGAGCUCAUCAAGGUCAUGUCGGCCAUUGGAAACGAGCUCGCCAACAGCGUUUGGGAGGCCAACACACAGGGACGCCUCAAACCUGCACCGGAUGCCAGCAGGGAGGAGCGUGAGCGCUGGAUCCGGGCGAAGUACGAGCAGCGCCUGUUCCUGGCGUCGCUGCCGGGCACUGACCUCUCUCUGGGCCAGCAACUGCUGAGGGCAACGGCCGAGGAGGACCUGCGCUCUGUUGUCCUGCUGCUCGCCCACGGUUCCCGACAGCAGGUCAACGAGACCUGCGGGGAGGGAGACGGACGCAACGCGCUGCACCUCGCCAGCCGCAAGGGCAAUGUGGUCAUCACGCAGCUGCUCAUCUGGUACGGCGUGGAUCUGAUGGCGAGGGACGCCCACGGCAACAGCGCGAUGGCGUACGCUCGGCAAGCCAGCAGUCAAGAGUGUGUGGACACACUGGCUCAGUACGGCUGCCCCGACGAGCGCUACCCUCUCAUGGCCACGCCCAACCUGUCGCGCCGCAACACCAACCGUAACAACAGCUGCAGCAGUGCCGGGAGCGCCGCGCUCAUAUGACCAUGGAGAUCUGACUCUUUGCAACAAACAAACCCUGCUUUGGGAGAGCUUUUAUUUUGGGAACCACUACCUGUUGUGACUCACCGACCUCACCUGACAACCGCCGCCGCUGCUGCCGCCGGCUCGUUAUGACUGAUUAAAAACUGGGGUCAGUGGUGACGCUGUUUGGGGGGGAAACCUCAAAGCAUGGUGGGAAACAUGGUCCACAGUCGACCAUCAUCAACAGACAUCGCUGGCUCAUCAGAGCAAUUUGGGAAAUAAUCAUGUGACUCACGGCAGCCAAUGACGGCCAGUCUGAAGCUCCAGGGACAUCAUACCUCAUCACAGCUCUAAUUUAACACUACAGCCAAUCAGAAGACCGUCUCGCCAAAACAUAUCGUCUUCUCUGUGAACACGAAAAGAAGAAAACUGUGAGACAGCGAUAUCACGAAGGAAACCAGAGGCGGAGUCUUCGUAGCAUGCCCACAUCAUCAUCAUCAUCAUCAUCACCAUCACUCGAGGACUCCUCUCAUUUUGGCGUCAGUGUUUCACCUUUUCUUUCAUGGAUUCUGUGAACUCUCCUGCCUUUUUUUUUAAUGUGAAAAAUAUCUCGAUGUGUAAGAGAAAAAAAAAACGAUAUCAGAUCUUAGAGGUAAACAAGAAGAAGUGUGAUAGAUCGCAUGCCCUAGACACUUUUCUAUUUUAAUUUAAGGCAUUUUUCCUGGACUGUGUAUAUUGUAUCUUGAUGUGCAUUGCUGGACCAAUCGUUAAAAUGUCGACACGGGGAAGGUUUUUUGUUGUUUUUGAUUUUUCAGGUGUAUAAAGUCAUUAAGUGUACAGAAGCUCUUGCCAGGCUCAGGGACCGGAGACUGUCGAUCAUGAACAUCCAAUCGUCUUUUCCCAGCAUCCUUAAAUCAGGCGUCAGGGUUUCAUUUGGUUUCACUUCACUCAGUUCGGAUUUUCCAUAAAUUUAAAGACUGACUAACUAACUAAAUAAUUUGUUGCCUAAUCUAGGGCUGGAUGAUAUGAUACCACAUAGUGAUACUUACUAGCUUCAUCGUUUGGCCUUUAAAUGGCAAAAACGGUGGCCUGAACAAGAAGCGACGUCUUCAAAUUGCAGUUUUUGUCCAACCGACCGCCCCAGACACAAAUAUAUUCAAUUCACAAUCUUAGAAAACAGAGAAAUACAGCAAAUAAACCUAAAUAUGGAGAGCUGGAACCAGUGAAUUAAGACUGGAAAAGAUCGGACGCCGCAAGACGAAAUGACAAAACACUUUGUCUGACGUGAACAUCCAUCUAUCAUUGGUUCUUGAAGCUACUCUCAUUUUAUUGGAUCCAGAAUAUUUAUUGUAUUUUAAGGGAAAUGAGUUAAUUUAGUUCUGUAAAAGAUUUACAGAACUUUACAGAGACAUAGAUGCCUCGUUAGCCACUGGAUCUUACGUCAGCGUAGCCGCCAUAUUGGAGAGGGCGAGACUGGCCUUUCUGGAUAAAAAGCUUGUAUUUCUCAACCUUCUGUUGCACAUUUAAUGCCAUUCAACUUCCGGGUCAAAGCCCAGGGUGGGAACUGGAGCAUGCUCAGAGUGCCUCGGCUAGUUGAGGUCCGAAUGACUACAUACAUGCAGGAGGUAUUCAACUGUGUUAGUCCGACUUUGAGAAAUUCAAUUGAGUGCGAUUUCAGUCGGACUAAAAUGUUUACAUGUAUUUAAAAGUCUGGAUUUAAUUGGACGAAUACAAUAAAUCGUGUUUCUCUAUUGUCACGUUAAUGUAUUGUCCGAUAUAUCGCUGCAGCGUCUACGUAUAUAAAUGUCAGUGAUGCUGGUAACAUGACAGAUUUGGUCUAUCGUCCAGCCCGAACUGAUUUAUCCGAACUGAUUGAACUGUUAGCAUCUUAAACCCGCGUCUGAUUUACAUCCUGGUUUGAACAUCCUUGGUUUAAUUUAAACUGUCCCUGAAGUGAAUUUAUUGUUUUACAAAAUGGGAAAGAAAAGGAAGCAGCUACUAAACAAACGGAGAGAAAAGGGAAUUGAUAGGCUUCUUCUUCUUCUGGUGUUUUCAGUUUGGGUUGACGGGAGGUGACAAGUUACUUUUUAUUGAUUCAUUUCAGCUAAAACUCACUUUUACUGUCUCGAAUGAAAAGAAGUGAACGUGGUGUAGCUAACGUACAAGAUUCUGUAAAAAGCUGUCUGUAAUGUUAUUUCAAUGACCUCACACCAAGUUCCCUCCAGUCCCGUCCAAACAGACAGUCUCCCUGAUCUGCUCAGCGAAUCACUAAGAAGGGCUUCUUCUUCUUUUUCUUCUUCUUCUCUGGUCUGGAAACCUUGUUGUAAAUAAUCUCCUCUUUCUCCGUCACCUCCUGUCUUUCAACCAUGACGUCUUGUAAAUUAGAGAACGCAGUGAGUUCUUCCUGUGCGCCGGUGUCAGGAUGCAAAAUGGAAGUGAUUUAUUCUAAUGUGUGUUUGUUGUGUGGAAAACCAACAUGAGCACGGACUGAAUGUGUUCUGGCUCAGUGUUGCGCUGAUCCAUCCAGGGCAGGAAGUUCAACUUUUCCGGGUAACAACGCGUGUAAACCAGUAAACCAGUGGUUCCCAGUCCGGAAGUCUUAGAAGAACUCAUCCAGCCCUUCAGGGUCACGAGACAGCUUACAAGAUGAGAAAUCCAAAAACAAAACAACAUGUACUCGACACAAAAAGGCUGUCAUCAAGACCACUGAGUCUCCUCCGAGAUGAUUCAAAGUCUGAGCCUCUUUGAGGACGAGUCAAGACUGAGUUCAAACUUUGGGGACAGGACUGAGUCCAUAUUUAGACAAGUUUGAGUGAGGACGGAGUCCAAACAUGGUCAAGUUUUGAGUCAAGACCAGGUCCAUAUGUGGUCACGUUAAGAGUCAAGACCGAGUCCACACUUAGACAACUUUGAGGCCAAGUUUGGGUCAAGACUGAGUUCAAAUGUUGUAAAGUUUUGAGUCGAAAGCAAGUCCAAAUGUGGGCAACAUUUAAAUCAAGACCAAGUCCAAACAUUUAGGUUUUUGAGUCAAGACCAAGUCCAAAUAUGGUUAAGUUUUGAGAUAAGACUAAGCAAACCAAACAUGUUCAAGUUUGAAGUCAGGUUUAAGCCAAGACUGAGUCCAAACAUUGUCCAAUUUUGACCAGUCAACACCAGGUCAAAACAUGGUUAAGUUUUGAGUCAAAAGCAUGUCCAAAUGUGGGCAACAUUUGGGUCAAGACCAAGUCCAAAUGUAGACAAGUUUGAGAUCUCUUAAUGUGAUCAGGCUUAGAGUCAAGACUGAGUUCAAAUUUGAGCAAGUUUAUGUCAAGACCGAGCCCAUUUAUGGUCUGGUUUUGAGUCAAGAAGGUGUCCAAAUUUGAAGUCAAGAUCUGAGUCAUGACAGAGUCCAAAUGUGGUCGAGUUUUGAGUUGAAUCUACAUGUGGUCAAGUUCGGACAAAGACCUGUAAAACCAAAACAGUGCCCCUUUCAGUAUUAGCGAAACAUGUCGACUGAACGGUAAUUGAUCAGGAUUGUCAGGACAAAUGCUCCUUAAACCUCGACGGUUUGUGAGUGAUGAUUUUUACCUUCAACACUAUGCUGAGCACCUACUGCUCGUCUCUUUACUCUCUAUACUGUUUCGUCCUCAAACUUUAACGUAAAUGUUGCUGCAGAGGUUGAGGAGCAGCUCUCAACCCGACUGUGUAUCCAAGCAAUAUUCAUCAACACAUUGAUCACUGUCGCAUCGCAACUUCGUACACCGACAUUUGCUGCAAUAUCGCCAUUAAACCACAAACACUCUGCCUGUUUGUAGAAAUGUAAGAAAGAGUGAAAAGAAACAUGAAAUUUUCCUACUUAUGCCUCUUUUUUUUGUUACACGCCGGCCUUUACGUUCCUAACUUCGUCCAACCUUGUUACUGUAUGUGCCAUGCCCCAUUUCCCUAGUCAUGUCAAAGAUGGCGUUCUAUCCCCCGUAAAACGCUAAACCAAGAGUUUUGACCGCAACUUGUGUUUUCAAAGUGUUUGAUUUUAUGUUUUUAUAUUGGAUUCGCCCCACGUCUGUCCUGAACCAGGACAGCAGGACAGGGCGAAGACGUCCUUUUAUUUAUGACAGAAAUGCACUAAAUCUGAUUCAGUCCGUCUUAACACUUUCCACUACAGCUUUUUUAUGUUUUCUUGCAUUAGCGUGAACUGACUUUUGCCUAUUUCUCUUAGAGGUGGCGGCUCCUGGCGGUUUCCCCGAAACUGACUUUAAUAGCGUCUAAAUUCUGAGAAACCAGUCUAGCUAUUUAAAUGAACGUAACAUCCAUUUUUAAAUGGUCGUAGGUAUCAAAAUAAUCUGCCAAAGGGUUAAUGAUAACACUAACUGCUAGCUAGCAACAGCAUGGCAACUGUUUGCUAGCUUAUACUGUCCUGGUAAAGUUCCAUGGUAAACAGCUCCACAAAAUCCUUUUACUGAAGUUCUUCAAAGGAGAAUAACUUCGGUAAUAUCUCCUUUAAAAUGUUAAAUACUAACUAAUUUGUCAAUGGGAUAACGCUAACCCUAACUGCAGCUAGCCGUGAACAACCUAGAAUGGUAGUAUUGUUUCAGCUAGCAAGCAAACUGUUACUAUAAGUCAACUCAAAAAAAUACCAAACACAUACAAUUUAAAAAUGUUUGGAGUAGACACACCUGUGAAGCUUCUGAAGCAGCUAGCAGUCAGUUAGCUAAACUCAGCUAACGAGGAGAAACACACACGUCACUGCUAAAUUUCAGUUGUUCACUGAUUUGUUGUCAUUUUGGUUUUGAACUUCACUCUGGUAUCUGCAGAAAGUGCUGAGUUAUCUGCUGCCGAAGCUAACUGCGGCUAGCUGUGAACAAACUAGCAUGGCGGCAUUGUUUCAGCUAGCAGGCAAAUUACUAAUACUUUAACUCUAAGUGAGCUGAAUUGCUUGCUUGUCUCUCCAAAAAUUGACACAGAAAUUGUUGGAGAAUGUGAAGCUUCUGACGCAGCUAGCGAUCAGUUAGCUUAACUUAGCUAACAGGGAUAAAUGCGCAAUUUCAAUUUGUCAGUGAUUUGUUGUCAUUUUUGUUUUAAACAUCACUCGACUCUAAAGUCUGUUUAUUUAAUCUCAUCGGACGAGAGAAAACUGCUUUUUACUGUUUGUAGCCACAGAAAUUGCUUAGCCAUCUGUUGCCGAAGCUGACUGCAGCUACCGGUGAACAAACUAGCAUGGCAGUGUUGUUUCACCUAGCAAGGAAAUUAUUAAUAUGGCAGCUGAACUGCGCUUAUUUCCCUCCAAAAAUUAACCGACCACAAAAGAUUUUAAAAUGUUUGCAGCACUAAUGCAUCCCAUGAAGAUUCUGAAGCAGCUAGCAAUCAGUUAGCCAAAUUUAGCUAACUGGAUGGUGAUGUGCUAGUUGAAACUCCUUCUGUCUGUCCAUUUAUUUAACCUCAGCACAGAAAGCUUAGUAAUAUCUGUGUUUAAGUGUUUGAAGCCACAGCUGUCUGUCACUGAAGCUAACUGCAGCUAACGACACAUUAGCAUGGUUAGUUUUGAACUUCCAAGCUAACUUUAUGGCUUUCCCCUAAUUUGAUCAUACUCAAGCUAAAGUUGGAAAAUAUUUAGAGACUAGAAACAUCCUGUGAAGCUCCAGCAAUCAGCUCGCUUAUCUCAGCUAACAGACAGUUGCGUGGUGUAUUCUCUAGUGGUGUUAGAGCCGAUGUUACGGACAUAGAAAAGUGAAGCUGCCUGCUUGUAGAUAAAGAACAUCUGCUUUGAAAGGCGGCAGGAGAACAGGGAAACCGCGUUAGCGCUAAUCUAUCCACUCACCACCUCACCUGUACAUAGACUUCAAACAAUAAAACAAAGAAAAAUAAAAAAAAACUCCUUAUGGUCAAGUUUGUCUGGUUGUGUUACCUCUCGUAGCCUUUACCCCUAAGCCCCGCCCACCAGGGCUGUCCCCUUUAUUAUUUAUAAAGGCACCCAUGUGAGGAAGACUCCGCCCCCUUUUUGUAUAUUUUCCUCAAACCUCUGCAGUCUAUUCGAGUUUUCUUAUUAUGAUUUAUCAUCCAGACACAUUAUUGUUCUUGUUAUUCUAAUUAUUAUUAUUAUUAUUAUUGUUAUUGACUUUUUGUUGGCUGUACAGUUCUGUUGUUGAAAAAUUCUACUUAAUACAGAGUCUUCUACUGUAAUGUGUCUCUUUUCAAUAAA